AUGGACUGUGCAUCAUCAGAUUCCUCUUCCUUCAUCAUGGAGGUCACCUGCUCUGAAGCUGUUGGACUCACCUGCUCAGAGCCUGUCAGGUUGGUGGGAGGAGCCAGUCGCUGUGCAGGUACACUGGAGAUGAAACGAGAAGAGUGGAGACCAGUGUUUUACUCUGAUUGGACCCUGAAAGAAGCAGCAGACGCUGUCAGGCUGGUGAAUGGGACUAGUCUGUGUUCAGGCAGACUGGAGGUGAAGUCUGAGCAGUCGUGGUCCUCAAUGUGUGAAGCUGACUUUGACCAGCAGGAUGCAGAGGUGGUCUGUAGGGAGCUCGGCUGUGGGGAUCCUUCAGUCCUCCAGGGGGGGCUCUAUGGAGAAGUGGAGGCUCCAAUGUGGACCAAAGAGUUCCAGUGUGGAGGCCAUGAGUCUGCUCUCCUGGACUGUGGAAGAUCAGACUCAGCUAGAAGCACCUGCUCACCUGGCAAAGCUGUUGGACUCACCUGCUCAGAGCCUGUCAGGUUGGUGGGAGGAGCCAAUCGCUGUGCAGGUACACUGGAGAUAAAACAGGGAGAGUGGAAUCCAGUGACUGACCAUGGAUGGACCCUGAAAGAAGCAGCUGUUGUUUGUAGAUAUUUGGACUGUGGCUCUGCUGUUUCAACUGGAAAAAGAGAGGAGCGCAUUUCCAGAUCUGUUUGGAGGAUCAAGCCUGAAUGUGUUCGCUCUGGAUCUGAACUGAGGAAGUGUUUAUCAUCAGUUUCCUCUUCCUAUAUCGUGGAUGUCACCUGCUCAGGAGAACACUGAGCUGGAUUCUUAUAACCUCGGUGUUUCCAGAGCUGAAGGAGAGCCGGCUGAAGAGGAAGGAGCUCAGGGAGCAGAGUAGGACCUCCAAGGAGCCACAAACCCACUGAAGAAGAAAAUCAUCUUUGGUUUCAUCUCUCCUCUCAGUCUCAGCCAGGUUUUUGAAGCCCAGUAUGACGUCCAUACUGGUUGAUUCCACAGCUUCUGAUUUACAUCCAGCACCAACACUCAGUGCCAAAGUCAAUAAAUCAUUUAAAAAUUCAUCCAGUUGUUUGAGAGUUUAUAUCUUUUUUCUUCACUGCCUUUUAUAUAUUAUAUACUACUUGUUCAGCUGAAAUUUGUUAUUGCUUUUUCGAAUAUAUUUGC